CAGGUCCAGAGUGCUGGCCACGGUCCACGAGUGCCGGAUGCGACGUGAAUAUUGACCUCAGACCCUGCCCCACGAGUGUUGCGCGCGCUUGUUGUUGUUGUAUACCUACCAUUCCAUUUACCCGCGGAUCACAAUCAUCAUCACGCGGCUGCGGAGAAAAGAGGUGCUGGGCGACGCGCCAAUACCUCAGGUACCUGUCCCUCACCUAACUGAUACUUCCCAAUACACUACUCCCCUCAUUGCAUCUCGAACGGCACGAGGCACCACAGGCAUUGCCCUAGUUCCCCGAGUCUGGUCGCCCUGAUCCUGACGCCAUCCACGCGCCUUGGAGAGAUAGACCAGACGCCCUGCUCACGGGCCAGGUGGAGUGAUUGGGGGCCAGACGUCAAAAAAGAAAGGAGGGAAGAACUCUAUGAAAUAAGGCAGGAUCUUGGUCCACGAUUCCACGUUGACACCUCGACUACCACCGUGCACCACGUCAAUAUCGGCGAGCGGCGACGCAGUGGGGGACGUUGCCGCCUUGUUGGGCUAUUUCUGGGAAGAGAGAGAGAGAGAGAGAGAGAGAGUUCUGUAUGACGAUGGCCAUGCAGACGGUCUGAAUUGCAAAAGAGUGGGAGGACACCUCUAGCAUCGUAGCGACUCAGGACAUCGUUGCACAGCAGACGCAGUGGGUGACGCCGCCUCUGUGGACAGCCGCCGUCGCACGCGGCAGGCCGAUCGUUCAGGCACGACAACUUUUUUGCACAGGUUGGAUUGAUUUGACGAGAGUGACAGGCAGACGGCGAAGGGGAGGAACAGAGAAGAGACAGAGAGAGAGAGAGGAAGAGACCCCUUUUGGGCCGCGGCGCAAAAGGACUCUCUGCACGAGUCGCGGAUCGGUGCAGAUCGCAUGAAUCUGCGAACUCUGCGCGAGCUGCAUUGCGACUGGUAGGUAUACCUCCUACCUUCUGACCUACGUAGGGCUGCAGCGCAGCGUCCCAGGAGGGACCGACGAGAGUACGAUCCAUCAUUUCGCUAUACCGACGACGGCGCUCAUAGACUCGCGCGACACGAACUUUUAGGGCCGCCAUCAUCGGCGAAGGGGAUCGUGGCGUGGGGAGCGUGAAACAUGCAUCGUGUUUCAACUGGCCCGUUUGAAGCGAACAACUCGUCCGCCACUGCUGCAUCUCCUCCUUCGACUUCCCUGCUCAACCAGCUCCAGACGCACCGACAGAGCCAGAGCCAGAGCCAGAGCCAAAGCCAGAGCCAGCACCAGCGCCAGCGCUCGAACUCGCUGUCAUCCGCUGCGGUGGGCACAACCAAGCGCCCCAGUUCGCUGACGCGCGUGCCAUCAGGGAACCUGGACGACGCCAUUGACUCGCAGACACUUUACUUACGGCGCCAUGACCGCCAUCCCAUGACACCACAUGACCUCAGCCGAAGGAAAAGCGUAGCUGUUGAUCGCAGCACCACCACUGCUGCCGACUCCUCUCGCGCCCACCCCGGGUCGCCCACGGACCACGACCACCACAGCAACAGCAUCAUCAACAACAACAACAACGUCGCCUCGUCUGGUCCCGCCCCCUCGGUCAAUCGCUGGUCGCACUCCACCAGCACCAGCGUGGCCUCUCGGGUCACCUCGCGACGCAAUCGUUCCAGCAGUGGCGCUGUCCUGGCAUCGCUUGUCGGUCAGCAGCACCACGAGUCCCCGCGGCGGCAUCCGGACAUUGGUUUCUCUCCCACAGCCAGUCCCCAGCGCGGAAAUGUGACAUCCGCAUACUCAUCGCCCAUAUCGAGUCCACAACAGUCGAGGCGACCCACGAGACCGGAUUAUCCAGCCCACCACUUGACAUCCCUACCACCUCUACACACGACACCUGCGCUGACCGAUCCCAAUGACACGGACUCCCCUGACAGCAGUUCUCAGACGGUAUCUACGCCAAUGGCCACAGCCUAUGCACAUCACGACUUCUUCGAUGAUCCGCUGUCUGCCUAUGGCAUGGCAAAACAGAAACGGGUAGUCAUGGUGCGCAAUCCUUCGGCAUCGGUCUCCGUCCCUCCACAACCCACACGUGCUGCGCCUGUCGCAGCAGAGUCGCGCCCCGAAAUGGAAGAGCGAAGACACCACAAAUCCAGAAUGUCGACGUCGAGGAAUGGGAGCCAUGAUGGGCACAGGAAGCCGAAACAGAAAGAUCGAACAGAGAAGGACAAGAAGACAAUGCUCUCCAAGGCAUUGCAAAAAGCAAACACAGCAGUCCUGUUGGACAAUGCGCAGAACUACGAGGGCGCGCUGGAGGCAUAUGGAGAUGCUUGUGAUUUGCUGACACAGGUCAUGGAAAGGACGACAGGCGAGGACGACAAGCGAAAAUUGGAUGCGAUUCGAUUGACAUAUAGCAACCGAAUGGAGGAGCUGAGGCAAUUGGCACAGGAAAAUACACACACGAGCCAUGAGAAAGAUUUGCCUGCGACACCUCUGAGCGCUGUGAGUCCCGUAGAUCACACGCUGGAUGCGCCUUAUGGACGCGUGGGUCCUGCUAGCCAGGCAAGCAGAGCGCCGAGGCUAUCAUAUCGGCGCAAUGAUCGCGACAGCUUCUUCACAGGGACGAUGGCUGCCGUGGAAAGAUCCACAAAUUUCACAGAGGAGAAUUCGGACAUCUACACAACAAGACCGUCCUCCGCAUCAACCUCCGGCGCGGAGCCCGCGAAUGGGCAUGCGCGACACCCAGCAUCAAUACAGCUGCCACCCCCCGAACACGCGCAAUAUAUGCCUCGACCUUUGUCGCCCAAACGGUCCGCGGAACGAUUGCCUGAAUCGCCAAAGGCCAAGCCACACAGUGUGGAAGCUUGGGAGUCUCCCGAGAAGUCUCGAAGUGGUGAUGCCUCAGACAAGGAUUCUACCUCGUGGCUGGAUCCCAUUGACGAACCUGCCUCUUCUUGCUCUACUUCCGUCCACUCGCGUGACUCCUACCACCAAGGCUCCCACAGGAAGCAUUUGCGUGAUUUGAGCGCCGAGACCAAUCCUGAUUUUGACGAAGCUUUCGAUGCUGCAAUUGAGGCUGCGUACGACGAGGGACUGGAGCCUGAUCUUGAUUCGCGCCCAAACCAGCCGAGGGGCCACAGGCACGGCAAUAAUCAUGAGUCUGUCCAGGUGCCUGCCUCCGAGAUCUCCGAAAUCGAUGCAGAACGAUUUCAGUCGUCCAUGGCCAAUACCGAGCAAGACGAUGAAGAGGAGCGCAUCCUGGACGAGAUCACCAAUGAUUUUGGCAACGAAUUCAAUUUUGGAGUCUCAUCGAAAUCUGCGCUGCCACGCUUCUCUGAUUCGAGUUACAAUUCGCGCAAUACUUGGCAGAGUUCGCAGGUUUCGUCACGCGAUACUGCUGCAUCGUCUCUGGCCACGGUCGCAGAAGACGUUCUGGGCAGCCGCAUCUCGCAAACGGCAGCAAUUCGGAAGCACACCGCUCCAACGACUUCUUCGGCGCCCACUCCGUCUUCGUUGCCCAGGCCACCGAGCUCGGAUGACAGGCGUGCAAGCGUACGAAAUCGCAGACAGUCCAAUGCCAAGCAGCUCAAAAUCGAGACUUCUGUACCACCCCCAGUUCGCAGGCGCGCGUCCACAUUCAACACCGAGAGGAGUCCUAUGCUCCAAGAUGAUGACGAGAGGACAUCGGACGACCACGUCCUGCCCGAACCUGCUCCCUCUGACAUUGCUCAUGAUCACAUGUUGCAAUCACCGCCAUCGCUCGAGCUGGCGGCAGUCGUGAACGAUGCAGAUCGGGCCACAUACGAUCACAGACCGAGUUAUGAGGUGGCGUCCGCUGAUGCACUGGAAGGAUCGCAGCCCAUGCUAUUCAAGAAGAACCGGUCUACCAUCAGUCUACGCGAUCACGCGCAACAUACAGUACUGCUGGCGUCUCCGGAUCUGGACGGUAUCUCGUCCAUGGCGACACCGAUGAGCUCGACGUUCAUGAAUUUUGCAGCGAGAAAAAGCCACAGUCAGAACCCCUUGACUUCGCAACGUGCCGAUUUCCCAUCCCUCGGGCACAUGUCUUAUGACUCUCAGCUGGGCGGCGGAAUUCAUCUGUUCGACACGUUUCUGUCGUCUGCACAAUCGCCCCGAUCACCUAGUCAACAGCCUCAGCCUGCUGGUCUCGAACCCUGCCCCGAGCCUUUUCUUCUCCGUCCGUUCUGGCUUAUGCGUGCAUUGUCUUCGACGAUCGUGCAUCCGCGCGGUGGCUUCCUGACUGACAAACUCUUUGUACCGCGUGAGGUCUGGCAGACACGGGGUGUCAAGUUGAAGCUUGUUGAGGACAAGGUUGCAAGCUGCGAUCUCCUGACUGCAGCACUCGGUCGCCUGGCAGGUGUGGACACCUAUGAUGCAGAUGCCGUGAAGGCUGAGCUGGAGAGCUUUGAAGAAGUCAUGGACCGGGCUCAGGCUGCCCUCGCGAAGAAGCUGGGGGCAGACGUCGGUCCACAUGGUGCGCUCGGCAUGUUCAAGGAGGCGUCUGCUGCCCACGUCGGAUCGACUGCUGGAAAUGCUCCUCCGGAGAGCAGCACAACGGGUGUCGAUAAGGCAGCCAAGAGCAACUCCGGCAAAAGCUAUCUCAGCUCUUGGCGGAAGCUGCGAAACAAGAGCUCGGGAGCACCUCUGUCCGGUGGCAGUGGCACGGCGGCACCUGCGCCGACAUUCAGGGUCGAUGCACAGGAUGCGCACACGAUGGCGUCGGUUCCAAUGACGAACUUUGUCCCCGUGGAGCGACGAGGGAACAAAAGAGAGGCUCGCAAUCUACUCUUCGAGGGCCCGAACAGGGAUUACAUGGGGUCACUGGCUCGCUUGUUCGACGGCGUGCAAAUCCUUGAUCAAAUAGCCCGACAAGUCGAGGAUCCGGGCCUCCGACACUCGUCGCCUACGCAUGUUGGGCUGGAACUGAGCAUUCGCCACGCAGCCGAGUUCUUUGGAUUCUACAUCUGCCGCUUUGUGCUGGCCGAUCUGACGCAGUUGAUGGAUAAGUACGUUAAGCGAGGUACCGAGUGGGUACUCGCUUAGGCUCGCUCUCACAUGACCGCGGAAGCAGCGAGAUGGAGUGUGCGACACCUGUGCAUAUACCACGGUGAUGCGCGCUUGCUUUUGCACGACCCGACGACACGCCCGCCCGCCGCCCACAACCUUUCGGUGGGGUGGUCCUACGAUGCAUGUUGCAUGCUGGACACGACCGUGCGGAAACACAAGGUGAUGACCCUGUCCACGACCACUCGAGGCCCGGACACACGACAUGAAAAGCUUCUCGGAGGAGGCACGGGAGGACGUGAUGAUGGCUAUUGCCGAGCACGUCGUCGUAACGUGAGGCCCCAGAGAAACCAACCCACGAUGUUUUGGGAGAUGGAGGAUGAUGAUGACGCAUGACGAAGAAGAAGAAAGAAGAUGAAGAUGCAGAAGAUAUGGUGUUUUUGAAAGAAAAGAAACGAGGAUGAGCGCCCGUCGAUCACAGGAGGCGAGAGGCAUGUACGGUCUCUGCGAAUUUGCUUCUAACUUUGCUCUGCUUGACCCGCCGGCACUGCUGGCUUUGUUUUUGAACUGUUUUUCACUGCACGAUACCAAGGUACGCAAAUGUCGAUGUUGGAUACCACGGCGUUUGUUAUUUAUUAGAGAAAGAGAGGGGGAGGGGGAGGAGAGAGAAGAGGAUAUGAUAUGGGGAUGCCACUCCACAUGGGUUGGUUUGGCGGUGAGAGUGUGAUGAUGAUGAUAUUAUCGAUACAAAGUAGUUAGAAUCGAGAAUAUCAAGACUCGAUGAUCUUUGACUCUUGUGUAUCAUAUGAUAUCUUUCCGCUAUCUUUGGUUGUUCGUCGACUCAGUCUUUUUCUUUUUUUUCUUUCCUCCUACAGAACCAUAGCCUGUCUGUCUAUAUGAACUUUGCCUAUAUCAGGUAGGUAAAGUAGACACCCUUCUCUUCCCUUCUCUUCCCUGCUUUCUGAAACCUCUUCCUUCCAAAAUCCAAUCCCAAUCCCAAUCUCAAGAUCAAAAGUCAAGGCAAGUCUACCCAUCCAUCCAUCCAGGUAAGGUAAAAGUUUCUAGCUAUAGCCUAUAGCCUAUAGACUUGUAGAAGGUAGGCAGAUAGGUAGGUAGGGUUGUAUAGCUCUUAUCGACUCGACUCGACUUGAUGUAAUAUACGUAGGUAGGCUAAGGCUAGGUCUUGUCUUAUCGUACGUAUCUUGUUGUGUCGUAUCAUAUACUAUGCUAUCCUGUCGUAUCGUGUCGUAUCGUGUCGUGUCGUGUCGUGUCGUGUCUUGUCCUGUCCUGUUAUGCAGAAAGGCAGAAAGGCAGAUUAGGUAUAUCUAGAGUAGGUAUGAAAAAAAUCAUCUCCAUUGAAAGAGAAUCUUUUCUCUCUGCUUCUCUGUCUGCGUUUCGCGUUCGCGUUGCGUGUUUGGAGUCUGAGUCUGAGUCUGGUAUGACAGGACAGGACAGGGCAGGAUAGGAUAGGACAGUCGUGACAGGCAGGGGUAGUUGGCAUGACCGACUGGAUCGGUUGGUUGGUUGGUUGGUUGGUAGGUCAGACGUUAAGAACUUAGGGUUCUAUGGCUUGCUUGCUGGAUGGAUGGAUGGAUGGCCUUUUUCGAUAGGUAUUGAUGAUGAUGAUGAUGAUGAUGAUGAUGAUGAUGAUGAUGAUGAUGAUGAUGUUCUUCUUCUCUGAGGUGAUGUGAUGUGAUGUGAUGUGAUGUGGUCAUCCAAGUGAUUCGUGAUUUUGCGAUGUUGAUGUUUGGUGGUUAAUGUUUGUUUGAUGUUUGAUGUAUCGUUAUCGUUUAUCGUUAUCUUGAUCAUCAUCUUCAGCAUCUUCUUCUUCUCCACUCCCGGCUUCUUCUUCAAAGGUUCCUCUUCAUCGUCUUCUUCACAAACAUCAUCAUCAUCAUUCAUCAUUCAUCGUUCAUCCAUUAUUCAUUAUUCGUCAUUAUGGGUAUGAAUCCGAGCGUAUACAUGUUAUACAAGUACAUGUAAUCCCCCCCAAAAAAGAGAAAAUUCACUUGGGAGAACAUUUCGGUCCAGACUGGAAAUUGCAGCAGCAAGUCUUUGCGGUGGUUUUGCGUUUCUUGGAUUGCUCGCCGCAUCGUUCUUGGACGACGUUUUCCAUGGGAGAAGGUCUUCGGCGACAGGUGGAUGAUGGCGAGAUGUGAUUUGCGGUUUGUUGUUGACGUUGAUGUUGUUGUUGUUGUUGUUGAUGUUCUUGUUGUUGCUUCGCGAGGUAGAUGCUAAUGUCAUUCGAGAUGGAUUGCAAGAAUGUAUCGUAGUAGAAUCCUCCUCCCGCAGCAGCGGCAGCAGCAGCAGGUCUUGCGGUAGUAAUACUGGAAGUGGAGGCACUCGGGUGUGUUGCUACUUCGAGCGCAGCGGCCAUAGCGGGGGAUUUGACUUGAAGGCCCAUGUUGCCGCCUUUGGGUUCUGGCUCGGGGACACACAUGAGGUGAGUUCUUCUUUUUUUUGCCUUUGUCUUGUUUGAGCAAUAGGCGGCUGGAUCGAGCG